UAAAAAUAGUGUUUAGAUAAAUUCUAUUUAGAUAAAAAAAUGACGCAGGUCUUGUUGAGAUCGUAUUCAAAAGCUCGUGGUAAUAUUAUGUUUAGCUGUGGAAGUGCAAACUCACUUUGUCACUGGAUAGCCUUAUUUUCUCGAAGUUCUAGUGACGACAAGUCUAACCACCCUGAAUUUACAAACAGUACAAUCCUGAUUGAAAAUGGUUAUAGCGUCCACGAACUACCUGUGCUCAUCAGGAAAUUAAAAGAUUUAGAUUUUACGCAAACAUCUGGCCUAUCAAAGAAUACAAGUGAAUCGGUCAGGUAUGAUUUAAUUCAGGAGGAAUUCAAGCAGUGCAAGGACUUGCGUGAGGUAUUUUCUUUAAUUACAAAAUGUACUAAAAUCACUCCUAACAUUGCUCUCGGUGCUAUUGAGAGAAUUUACGCCUUGGAACAAGAACUCCACGAUUAUAAGCUGGAAGAGCAAAGUGUGCAUAUAAAUUUUGCUAAAGGUGCCAUUCUAGAAAAACUGCAAAAGGUCGUUAUGAAAACAGAAGACACACAAACAAUUUUGAAUGUUCUCAAUACAAAUUCAGUUAUCAUGGAACCAUUUAAACAUAAAUUUUCUGAUGAGCUUAUGGUACGACUCAUUGAAAAUAAGCUCACAAUAGAUCAGCUGUGUGAAUUUGCAACUUUUUUGAUAAACAAUAAUACAGAUCAAAAGUAUAAAGAUACAAUUGAUAGAUUAUGGGUUGGCUUCAUAGAUAAAGAAAAAGAUAUUGAUGAAAAUAACAUUUCAAGUAUGUUUAACAUCUUGCCAGGAUUAAAAGCCAGUAAGAGAACAAUGUUUCUUCUGCUAGAACAGAAAUUCUCUGAAGUAUGGAACAAGAUCAAGUUUUCUGCAAUGCAAGAUAUACUCAAUGUUUUGAUUAUAGAAAAGGGUUUUUCAAUGCAAAUGUUGACAGUACUGAGCCAUUGGUUGUAUGCUAAUAUACACAGCCUUCAUGAAGAUGAGAUUUUAGAUAUGGUCACAAAGUUUACUCACCUUAAAUAUUCUGAUGAUCAAGUAGUUGCAGCAAUUGAGAAGUACAUGAGAUUAAAAGGUCCAAAAAUACACACACAUGUGUUUAUAGCCGGUGUGUACAACUACUGCAUGCAAUUUCAAAUAUGCAAUAAGCCUAUAUUGAAUGCCUGUAGUAAAUAUUUUCUAUCUAACAUAGAUGAGGUACCACCUAGUUUUCUGAAAUGUUUCAUCUGUCCGCAUGGAUACCUUUUUACAGAACCCGAAAAUGGUAUGGAAUACUGGAAUUCUGUGGAGGAUUUACUUUUAAGAAAAUUCGACAAAGUAUCAAUUGACGACAUGUGUUCAAUUAUUCUAUCGUUUUUAUAUCUUGAACAUCACCCAUUGAAACUUAUAAGCAAGAUAUUUAACCCCAGCUAUACUGUCAAAAUCAACAACCCAGAAACAUAUAAAAAGUUACAAUUAAUAGACACCGCAUUGUCUUUAGAAUGUAAGACAAUUUCUGGUCCAAUGUUGCCGAAAAAUCAGUGCUACACACCAAUCACACAAGACACUCGAAUUAAGAAUAUGCUAUCAAAAAUAAAUCAAGCUCUCACUGAUGUUAUAGGAGACUCAAACAGUUUUUCUACUGCUGUGCCUAUUCCUAAUUAUUGUUCAGACAGCACAUAUAUUAUAGAUGUAAUGUUGCACCCGCCUAGACUUGGCACUGGCAAUUUCAAAUGGAAUAUGAAGUCCGAUAAUAUUACAGCUUUUUUAAUACACUUACCUGAGCAUUAUUGCUCCAAUGGUAAAACCUUGAUUGGACCUCAAGCUAUGAGAAUUAGGCAUAUGAAAAUACUGGGCCUCAAAGUUGUAAGCUUGAAGUAUUUUAUGCUAAGUCAAUUAUAUGCUUCUCAAGAUAAAGAUUUACUGAAAAAUUAUAUACAGGAGACUAUGGAAGACCAAUUAACUAGCUUGUGACAUUAUCUAGCAAAUAAAAUUUAUGUCUUUCAGUCAUAAUAUCUGAUUAGUUGCUAAGGUAAGUUUAUGGAAAUAUGUAUUUUGUGAAGGCAUAUUAUUAUUUAGAGGAGUUUUAGACAUUAGACAAACAGGCUGUAGACAUGGUGUAUUGAUAUAUUUUGUAUUGUUAGU